CCAGUCUCGCGGCGCGCAAGGCCGUGGAGGCCUGAGGUCUGGGGCGGGGUGGCGGCUGGGCUGGCCUUGGCAUCGCGCCUUCUCCUGCGGCCGCCGCGGGCUCCGCAGGCGGUAUCGGAGUGUCGUGAGGCGCGUGACCGCGUGACACGCGCACUUGUCGAGGUGACGGGCCCUGCGGAAGAGGAGGUGCGGCCCGGGGCGCAGGGGAGCCCUCGGGAGCGGGCCCGGCCCUCAGCGCCGUCCUGGCCGUAUCCCGGAGGAGCGGCCUGCGCCGCCGCGCGAGAGGAACUCCUCUCUCCCACCCCUUGUCUGCUGGGCAUAGAGGAUUAGAACUGCUUCCUCCUGUGGUUUACCAGAAAACGCUCUGCGGCUGGAGCUUCAGCACAGGCUGGGUCUGCUGUGCCGGGUCUGUUCGGGGACAGCUGCAUGCCUCUUCCACUUGCGUGAGAACAAAGGCCAGAACCUGGAUUCUGAUCCAAACCCCCUGGCUCCCACCUUCUGGGAUGUUAGCAGAGCCUUUUAACUGGCACCCAGGCAUGUGGAAUAUGCUCAUAGUGGCGAUGUGCUUGGCCCUUCUGGGCUGCCUGCAAGCCCAGGAGCUCCAGGGACAUGUCUCCAUAAUCCUGCUGGGAGCAACUGGGGACCUGGCUAAGAAGUACUUAUGGCAGGGACUGUUCCAGCUGUACCUGGAUGAAGCGGGCAGGGGUCACAGUUUUAGCUUCCAUGGAGCUGCUCUGACAGCCCCCAAACAGGGUCAAGAGCUCAUGGCCAAGGCCCUGGAAUCCCUCUCCUGCCCCAAGGACAUGGCACCCAGUCACUGUGCAGAGCACAAGGAUCAGUUCCUGCAGCUGAGCCGGUACCGCCAACUGAAGACGGCCGAGGACUAUCAGGCCCUGAACAAGGACAUCGAGGCACAGCUCCAGCACGCAGGCCUCCGUGAGGCUGGCAGGAUCUUCUACUUCUCGGUGCCACCCUUCGCCUAUGAAGACAUUGCCCGCAACAUCAACAGCAGCUGCCGGCCAGGCCCGGGCGCCUGGCUGCGGGUUAUCCUUGAGAAACCCUUUGGCCAUGACCACUUCUCAGCCCAGCAGCUGGCCACAGAACUCGGGACCUUUUUCCAGGAGGAGGAGAUGUACCGGGUGGACCAUUACUUAGGCAAGCAGGCUGUGGCACAGAUCCUGCCUUUCCGAGACCAGAACCGCAAGGCUUUGGACAGCCUCUGGAACCGGCACCAUGUGGAGCGGGUGGAGAUCAUCAUGAAAGAGACCGUGGAUGCCGAAGGCCGCACCAGCUUCUACGAGGAGUACGGUGUCAUUCGCGACGUCCUCCAGAACCAUCUGACGGAGGUCCUCACCCUCGUAGCCAUGGAGCUGCCCCACAAUGUCAGCAAUGCGGAGGCUGUGCUGCGGCACAAGCUUCAGGUCUUCCAGGCGCUGCGGGGCCUGCAGAGGGGCAGUGCCAUCGUGGGCCAGUACCAGUCUUACAGCGAGCAGGUGCGCAGAGAGCUGCAGAAGCCAGACAGCUUCCACAGCCUGACACCGACCUUCGCAGCCGUCCUAGUGCACAUCGACAACCUUCGCUGGGAGGGCGUGCCCUUCAUCCUGAUGUCUGGCAAAGCCUUGGAUGAGAGAGUGGGCUAUGCUCGGAUCUUGUUCAAGAACCAGGCCUGCUGUGUGCAGAGCGAAAAGCACUGGGCCGCGGCGCAGAGCCAGUGCCUGCCCCGGCAGCUCAUCUUCCACAUCGGCCACGGCGACCUGGGCAGCCCCGCCGUGCUGGUCAGCAGGAACCUGUUCAGGCCCUCCCUGCCCUCCAGCUGGAAGGAAAUGGAGGGCCCACCUGGGCUCCGCCUUUUCGGCAGCCCUCUGUCCGAUUACUACGCCUACAGCCCUGUGCAGGAGCGGGACGCCCACUCCAUCCUCUUAUCCCAUAUCUUCCACGGCCGGAAGGAUUCCUUCAUCACCACAGAGAACUUGCUGGCCUCCUGGGACUUCUGGACCCCUCUGCUGGAGAGCCUGGCCCAUAAGGCCCCACGCCUCUACCCUGGAGGAGCUGAGAACGGCCGCCUGUUGGACUUUGAGUUCAGUAGCGGCCGGUUGUUCUUUUCCCAGCAGCAGCCGGAGCAGCUGGUGCCAGGGCCAGGGCCGGCCCCAAUGCCCAGUGACUUCCAGGUCCUCAGGGCCAAGUACCGAGAGAGCCCGUUGGUCUCUGCCUGGUCCGAGGAGCUGAUCUCAAAGCUGGCUAACGACAUCGAGGCCACCGCUGUGCGAGCCGUGCGGCGCUUUGGCCAGUUCCACCUGGCGCUGUCGGGGGGCUCAAGCCCCGUGGCCCUGUUCCAGCAGCUGGCCACGGCACACUAUGGCUUCCCUUGGGCCCACACGCACCUGUGGCUGGUUGACGAGCGCUGUGUCCCACUCUCGGACCCAGAGUCCAACUUCCAGGGCCUGCAGGCCCACCUGCUGCAGCACGUCCGGAUCCCCUACUACAACAUCCACCCCAUGCCUGUGCACCUGCAGCAGCGGCUCUGCGCCGAGGAGGACCAGGGCGCCCAGAUCUAUGCCAGGGAGAUCUCAGCCCUGGUGGCUAACAGUAGCUUCGACCUGGUGCUGCUGGGCAUGGGUGCCGACGGGCACACAGCCUCCCUCUUCCCACAGUCACCCACCGGCCUGGACGGCGAGCAGCUGGUCGUGCUGACCACGAGCCCCUCCCAGCCACACCGCCGCAUGAGCCUUAGCCUGCCUCUCAUCAACCGCGCCAAGAAGGUGGCAGUCCUGGUCAUGGGCAGGAUGAAGCGUGAGAUCACCACGCUGGUGAGCCGGGUGGGCCAUGAGCCCAAGAAGUGGCCCAUCUCAGGUGUCCUGCCACACUCCGGCCAGCUGGUGUGGUACAUGGACUACGACGCCUUCCUGGGAUGAGGGCGCCUGUGCCCCUUGCCCGCUCCGCUCCUAUGCUUUCCUUCACCCGUGUCUUCCCUCCCUUCUCGGCCCCACCACCUGCCCAGCGUGCCCUGGCUCUCUAGAACCUUCUGUCCCACAGUCAGGCCCCAGAGAGGGCAGGACAAGGCCUUGUCCCGAUGCCUUUGACAGGCAGCUCUGUGUAGUGGUGGAUAGAUGCAGAAACAAGGAAGAAACAGAGUCUGCUCCUGAGAAGCUUCAAAUCCAGGCCAGGAGAGAAGCCUUAAGAAAAGCCCUCCAGCAGUUACACAUUCACAUCAACCAGCACAACACAGGAUGGCGCCCAAACUCCAGCGUUCACAAGAGGAGACGUGGUGGGCUGAGGUUAAUCAGGGAAGGUUUCCUGGGGGAGGUGAUCCUUGAACUGCCUCCCGGGGAACAUUCAGAGCAUGAUUGGUGGACAGAAGGGUGCAGAGGCGCCCAGGGGAGUACAUUGCCCCGUGCAAAGCAGGGGCACUGGGGACUGUCUUGAGACCCUGAGGAGGUCAAGCCCCUCCUUCCCCAGCUGCCCCAUCUUCUAGAACCUCUGCACAUCUAGCCUGUGGCCCUCCUCUUCACUGCCUCCACCUGCUCCCGCUUGCCAUCCAUCUCUCCUCCAUCCUGGCUGUGCAGUAGGAAUUCCUGGCUCCUCCCUGUGUCUUUGCUGUUCCUCAGACUCCAUUUAUAGAGAAUGAGGGCUGAUAACAGGAAUACAGCAGCAAAGACUAGACUGUGGAAAGGGUUCCAGAAAUCUUUUCUUCUUUUUUAAUUAAAAAAAAAAAUAUUUGCAGAGAUGAGCUCUUGCUAUGUUGCCCAGGCUGGUCUCAAACUCCUGGGCUCAAGCGAUCCUCCCAUCUCAGCCUCCCAGAGUGCUGGGAUUACAGGUGUGAGCUGCUGCACCCAGCCCUAGAAAUCUCAGUGCUGUUUGGAGCUCCAUUUCUCAUUUGAUGACUGGCUCUGUGUGGGGAGGUGGGGUCUCAUUCCCCCAGCUUCCUCAGGGAGGACCCCUGCCCGCUGCUGCUCCUCUGUCCUGCUAGCCUUCCUCCAUGAAGCACACUGGGUGCAGAUAAUCAGGCCAUUCCAGAGAGCCCCAAUUUAAGAGGGUCAUUUCCAUCUCAGGGGACUCCCGGGUGGGUGUUUCCGCUCUCAGUAGCCCCUCUUGUUUUACCAGGAAAGAUCCAGUUAAAUCACCCACUGAGGUGACAGCUCAUUAGCGGGGAGAGAGAUAGAGCAUCAGGUGACACUGGGCCAUCCAGGCGGUUCUGCUCCCACCAGACAGGAGCCAGGCCUCACUGGCGGGGGGGCUGCCCACAGCCUUUUCAGGGACUCACUUGGUGGGUGACAGGGCCGCAGCCAGGCCUUCUCUUCCUGCCCCUUGGUGACCCCGUGGCUUCCUGUCUGCCGGUCUCUCCUGCCACCUCUCACUUCACCACUAACUCUCUGCCUGAGACUGGGGAAGUAAGUGGGUAUCUUCCUGGUGAGCAUAGAUUGGGGACUGUGAUCUUGAGAAGCCAUGGGCCAGCAAUACCUGCUUUUCUGAAACCCCCAAGGAAGGCUCUGACAUUCUUUUUAAAAACACCACAAAGAAAAUUCCCAGGACACGUGUAGUUUUGUUUGUUCAACAUCCCACAACUUAAGGCUGGGAGAUGGAACUCUUGGUUAAGGUCGAUUCUUCUGUCUGGCUUCUCCCACACCUUACACCUGCUCUCUGGAUCAGGCAGAUACAAACUUUCUAGCGCAUUUUCAGAGAGGGCUUUCUUGGGUGAGGGAGCAUGGUGAAGUCAGUUUCUCUCUGGACUGUUUAUACUUCAAGGCUAUGGAUUUAAAGGAAUCCUGGCUUUCAUUUUCUUUCUUUUUUUUUUUUUUUUUUUUUUUUUGAGACGGAGUCUCGCUCUGUCACCCGGGCUGGAGUGCAGUGGCUCAAUCUCGGCUCACUGCAAGCUCCGCCUCCUGGGUUCACGCCAUUCUCCUGCCUCAGCCUCUCCGAGUAGCUGGGACUACAGGCGCCCACCACCACGCCCGGCUAAUUUUUUGUAUUUUUAGUAGAGACGGGGUUUCACCGUGGUCUCGAUCUCCUGACCUUGUGAUCCACCCGCCUCGGCCUCCUAAAGUGCUGGGAUUACAAGCGUGAGCCACCGCGCCCGGCCUGGCUUUCAUUUUCAAUGCCAGUCUGAGAUAUGGUUCCCAAGCUGGGGCUCUUGUUCAGACUACUUACUCUGGCCACCAACAACCCAGGCCAGACAGAGCAUGUCUUUUUUUUUUUUUUUUUUUUUUUGGGGGGGCAGAGUCUCUCUCUGUCGCCCAUGCUGGAGCGCAGUGACGAGAUCUUGGCUCACUACAACCUCCGGCUCCUGGGUUCAGGCAAUUCUCGUGCCUCAGCCCAAGUAGCUGCGACUACAGGCGCCGGCCACCAUGCCUGUCUAAUUUUUGUAUUUUAGUAGAAACAGGGUUUCACCAUGUUGCCCAGGCUGGUCUCGAACUCCUGAGCUCAGGCAGUCUACCCACCUCAGCCUCCCAAAGUGCUGGGAUUACAGGCGUGAGCCACCACACCCAGCCAGAACAUCUGUUUUUAUACCCAGAGAGCGCCCCUCGUUAGGACAGAACCACAGUGCCCAGAGCCGGGAAGCCACCCUCCUGGCACCCAGCAUCUGAGCGUAAUGGGCGGGCUCAGGAGAGGGCAGGGAGUCGUGGUGGAAGUUCCACAGCUGGCCGCGUGGGGGAGCCCUUGCACCGCACUGCCGCCUCCUGAUGCCCCGAUCCCCGCAGCUCCUGUGCCGGAUUUCUUUUCAUUUCCCUCCUCUCUCCCAGGGUACCUGGGCCCAGCACUCUCCUAUCUGUUCUUCAGGAACCGACUCCUUUCCAGUUGCAACACCAGAGAGAGGGGCCUCCGCGUGCCCAAGUACCCCUGCAGGAUGAAGGGCAGGCCGGCCCUUGAUAUCGCCAUUUCUGAAUAAUAGUCACUGCCGCCGAGCCUAGGAUGUCCUGUUCUAACUCAGCCCUGCCUCGGAUGCACCACGGAUCUGUGCAGAGUGGGUGUGGGAGUGUGGGUGAGGGUCGAAAUGCCAAAGGUCUGCUUUCCAGAUUCAAGUGCCUUCUGCAAAUCACGUUGGAAAAGUCCAAACCUGGACAUGUCCGUGUGCCUCCAUGCCUGCCCACCCCUUUCCCUUCACCUGUGUUAGGAAGGAGAAGUUCUCAGAACCCUCUAGGCUGGUAGCUUUCAGACUUCAGACCAUGAUCUGUAGCAAGAAACGUGCCUUCCAUCAUAAGUCAGUCCAUCCUGUGUUCCAAGCAAGUUUCAUAAAUUCUUACCCUUAGGACCUCGGAUAUCCUCUAUUUUUUAGUUUUCAUUUUUUAAAAAUGCUUCUUAAAAUUCACUAAAUUGGGCUAGGUGCGGUGGAUUAUGCCUGUAAUCCCAGCACUAUGGGAGGCUGAGGUGAGAGGAUCACUUGAGCCCAGAAGGUUGAAACCAGCCUGGGCAACAUAGUGAGACCCCAUCUCUACAAAAAGUUUUAAAACCAGGCAUGGUGGUGCCCACCUGUGGUCCCAGCUACUCGGGAGGCUGAGGUGGGAGGAUCACCUGAGCCCAGGAGGCUGAGGCUGCAGUAAGGUGUGAUUGCACUAUUGCACUCUAGCCUGGAAAACAGAGUGAGACCCUGUCUCAGAAAAGACCAAAAAAAAAAAAGGAAAGAAAGAGUGAUGACAACAGCCCAGGGAGCAGCCCCGCUCAGAACCCAAGUCUGUAGGGUUCCAGGUUCCAGCACUGUGUUCCCAGGCAGGCUGCUUGCCUCUUCCUGGCCUGGAAGCCCUCGGGUCCUAUGGUGGCGGCAGUUCCCACAGUCCAGGUUCCCUGGUGGGGACCAAUGAUUGCGUCCGCGUGGAAGCCCACGUGUGCACUUAGGGGCCCAUAAAUGGCAGAAGGUCCCCUCCUUUGGGAGACCUUGUCAGUCAGCAUCUCUAGGGCAAGCAUGAUUGCCAUUUGUAGAGGGGAAGGAAUCAAGGGACUUUAAGCUAGAUCAAAAUCUGGGGACAAAUUCUUCUGCUAACUGCAAGUUAAAAUAGGCCCUUCUUACUGAAUUUCCCUGUUUGUUUCUCUGCAAACAAUGCUUUAGCCCUACUCUUGGGCCCCCAAAUUAGCAGGGUAAUCAAAGCUUCCUACCGUUUGGCCUACUAUUCCAGACUAUUCCCCUGAGGGGUUCCAUUCCAAAAUAUGCAGGGCUCAGGCUCCAACUCCGGGCCUGUCUGCUUUGCUUGCAUUUCUCCUGUCCCUGUUCUCCCAGAGGGCCCAGGUGGAACUCAUGACAGGGAGGGAGAAGCUUGCCAAAAACCUGCAGGGCUGUUUCCCAGAAUUUGGUUUUCAAGUACAAAACUUUUUGUCCUGUAAGAUAUAUGCAGCCUCACAGAAGCAGCCUCUGCAUCCACUUUACCAGCUACGUUUUUAUCUUAAGCACAUGGGGCUCCCUUAGAACUUACUCCACUGGUUUAAAAAAAAAAAAAAAAAAAACUGCCUGGCAGCAUCUCAGAGUCAGAGUGAGCACGGCGCAGGAAAGGCCUGUGGUGACGAGGGUGAGGUGGCCACAGUGACCGGACGACACCCUAGCACCCAUCCACCCUGCAAAUGAGACUCCAGAGGGUGAAGAUCUGCGGCCUCCAGACGUCAUAGGCCAUGUGACCCACCAGGGGCUGCUUACUCCUGGCCGUCCACUGGCUGAACUGAAUGCAUUCCCUCUCCGCAACUCUCCCAUGAGGCUGCACCCGUGUGGGUAGCACUUGAAGCAGCGCUGUUUGCAUUGUACAUAGGAAGGAAGGAAGUUCUUCCAGCCUCACCAGCACCUGGCAGCGAAUCAGAGCCUGCGAGGGCAUCUGAAGCGGUGAUGCAGUAUCAACCUCCCACCUGGUGCCACUCUGCCCUCGGGGGCUCCAAGCAUUGUAACUCAGUCAUGGGAGCUGCCCCGUUGGAAGUGCAGAUUUAUUCCUGUGAUAAUCCUGCUUGCCUUUAUCUCUUGUCCACUGACCAGCAAGCGUGAGUCCCGGUGUCAGUCGGCGCAGUCCAGUGUCCAUCUUCAUUUGCUCAUGCAGAGGGGGUGAGUUGGGAACUCCCUGUUCUUGAUUUUCCUUUUGCAGCCCACUGGGAAGUCUCCCUAUAAAACGAAAAGCCCACCUUCUGUGACUUCCGCUGUAGAGCAGAGCUCCCCCUCCAAUUUCCUCAGUCUUCCCUGGAAAAUCUGUCCACUGGGGAAGGCAGCAGGAACCCUGGGCAGCGGAUGUUCUGGGAAGACUAGUGACAGCAGAUGUCAUCCAGGAACAGCCACACACGGUUCUCCCGGCUGCCGUCAGCAGCUCGAGGUGGGGUAUGAGUGAGAAGCUGAGGAUCUCGCAGCUUGUUGCCGAGCAAGGGGCAACCGGGCUCAUGCUGUCAUCAGCACAAGACAGGAUGGCAAGGGCUUUCAGAUGCAUUUCCGAGAGUCCAGCAAGCCAGGGGGAAGAUGAUGUCUUUGCCGAAGCAUUCCCUCUAGCCAACUUUUGGGAGCGCUUCUGUUUGCAAAGCACUGGGGACGUGCCUCUCUAUGUGUGACCCACGCAUGGGAAGGGAGAGCACUGGAGUAACGACACUUCUGCUGCUGUUUUGAUUCUCAAGGCUGAUCUUUAAAACCCUCGCCUUGCUGUCAGGUGCUUUAAAGGCAGUCUGCAUCUUUUCUUCCCUUGGUGUGGGAGAGGUAAACACUUUGAUUUGCUGAAAGCUGUAUGGAGUAUAUUUGAACAGCUAGUAGUUAGCUUUGAAAGUGGAAGUGUGAACAGACACUACCUGUGUCACUUUGGGUCCUUCACUUUACCCCCACAGAAGUCUAGAGGCAUCUGUUAUAAAGCGUUACGGGGUGCCUGCGUGCAGGAGGAAGGACCUGUAUUAGCUGGAAAUCAUCAGGAACCCAGCUUGCCUCCAUCUUUCUGAGAUGUGCUGGGUACAGCCUGACCCUCCUAGUUCUGUCCACCGGGAAGAGCCGGCUGGCAGCAGAUCCCAGGGGCAGAGCCCCUGCUGGCUCCUGGGAGCUCAUCUUUACCUGUGCUGGAGUGGGAACUGUGAUUCCAGCCGGGCAGGUCAGAUUGGAGCAGUGCUAAGAGGCUGUUGCAGGAGAACUAGACGGGCGGCGCCUGCUGCAUCUGGAUCAUGUUUCUGCACUCUGCCCUGCGCUAGGGACUCAGGGUCUGGGCUUCUGCCAGGUGAGGAGCAGAGAGACUGUUCCCUUGGGUGGAGACGCGUGGGCAUGAGAGCCACCCACUGCCAAGCAGCAAGAAUGUUCGUGCUUUUUUUCAGAGAGGGGAACCCCACUGGUUUUUAUGGAAACAAUGGAAACUUACAGAUGCCUGCCUGGGAUGAUGAGGCACAUUCAGAACAAAUGCUUUUUUUUUUUUUUUUUUUGAGACAGAGUCUCGCUCUGACGCCCAGGCUGGAGUGCUGGAGUGCAGUGGCGUGAUCUCGGCUCACUGCAACCUUUGCCUCCCGGGUUCAAGUGAUUCUCCUACCUCAGCCUCCUGAGUAGCUGGGAUUACACCACCAUGCCCAGCAAAUUUUUGUAUUUUUAAUAGAGACGGAGUUUCACCAUGUUGGCCAGGCUGGUCUCGAACUCCUGACCUCAGGUGAUCCGUCCGCCUCAGCCUCCCAAAGUGCUGGGAUUACAGGCAGGAGCCACCAUGCCUGGCCAGAACAAAUGCCUUUUUAAACCUUUUAAAAACAUUUUUAAGAUGUCUUUUUCUAUGUCAAAUGUAACAUUUAUUUUUUUAAACAAUAAAAUUGAUUUGCCAAAA